AUGGUCUUCAGUGCAAUAGUGGUGACCUCAGCUUUAAAAGGUGCUAUCAGCCUGGUAGGCACGAGUUUAUGGCUCGUGCCGUUGCUAAUCGCGGGCCUUUCUUAUUAUCGUUACGAUCAGUUGGAUCCUGAAAGUCGACCUAUCGACAGAUACCCUUUAUACAUGGAAUAUGAUUUCAUUGUAAUUGGCGGCGGAUCGUCUGGAGCAGUGGUCGCCAGUCGACUCUCAGAGGUAUCGGAUUGGAAUGUGUUGCUUCUAGAGGCUGGUCCAGACGAGAACGAGAUCACAGACGUGCCGUCUCUGGCCGCGUAUUUGCAGCUGACAAAAUUGGACUGGAAAUAUAAGACCGAACCCACGGGCAAGGCUUGUCUAGCCAUGAAGGGCGGUCGGUGCAAUUGGCCGCGAGGUAAAGUUUUGGGCGGUAGUAGCGUUCUUAAUUAUAUGUUAUAUGUACGUGGCAACAGACAUGACUACGAUCACUGGGAAUCGCUGGGUAAUACGGGCUGGGGAUAUGAGCAAAUACUUUAUUACUUCAAAAAGUCAGAAGAUAAUCGGAACCCAUAUCUGCAAAAAAGCCCCUAUCAUGCAACCGGCGGUUACUUGACGGUCCAAGAGUCGCCGUGGAAGACACCUUUGGUGGUGGCUUUCGUUCAAGCCGGCGUUGAAAUAGGAUACGAGAAUAGAGAUAUAAAUGGCGAACGGCAGACAGGUUUUAUGAUAUCUCAGGGCACUAUUCGCAGAGGAAGCAGAUGCUCCACCGCGAAAGCUUUCUUGCGACCUGUUCGAUUACGCACCAACAUUCAUACGGCUAUGAAUAGCCAUGUGACGAGAAUUGUGAUUGACCCGUUAACGAUGAGGGCGAUCGGCGUCGAGUUCGUCAGGGACGGCCGCAGGCAGAUAGUGCGAGCGCGAAAGGAAGUGAUAUUAUCAGCAGGUGCCAUUAAUAGUCCUCAGAUAUUGAUGCUUUCGGGAAUCGGGCCAAAGGAGCAUCUACAACAUAUUGGUAUCCCUGUUGUUAGAGACCUCCAAGUCGGCAACAAUUUGCAGGAUCACGUAGGCAUGGGCGGUUUGACCUUCCUAAUCGACAAGCCGGUCGCCAUAGUUCAGGAUCGGUUUCAGGCGACCCCAAUGAUGAUGCACUACGUGAUUAACGGCAGGGGCCCCAUGACGACCUUAGGUGGCGUUGAAGGUUACGCUUUCAUUAAUACAAAAUACGCUAAUCGCUCCGUCGACUAUCCGGAUGUGCAAUUCCAUAUGGCGCCAGCUUCCAUUAAUUCCGACGCUGGAGUGCAAGUUCGGAAGGUAUUGGGAUUGACAGAUGAGGUGUACAACACUGUCUACAGGCCAAUUACUAACAGAGACACCUGGACCAUCAUGCCCCUGCUAUUGAGACCUAAAUCUCGUGGCACUAUACGAUUAAGAAGUUCCAAUCCCUUCCACAGUCCUAUUAUUAACGCGAAUUACUUCUCCGAUCCCAUGGACAUCGCCAUCCUGGUAGACGGUGCGAAACUCGCUAUCAAGGUCAGUGAAGCAAAGGUAUUCAAGCAAUUCGGCUCUAGACUUCAUCGUAUCAAAGUGCCGGGAUGCAAACAUCUCAAAUUUGGUUCUGACGCCUACUGGGAGUGUCACAUUCGUCAUAUCUCCAUGACGAUCUAUCAUCCUGUAGGCACUGCUAAGAUGGGACCAUCAACCGAUCCCACUGCCGUGGUGGAUCCAAGAUUGAGAGUUUACGGUGUCACAGGUCUUCGAGUCAUUGAUGCGUCGAUCAUGCCGACGAUAUGCAGUGGUAAUACGAACGCUCCUGUCAUUAUGAUUGCAGAGAAAGGAUCGGAUCUCAUUAAACAAGAUUGGUUAGCUACCACUAUUGUUACUAGCUAAUGGCGAAGAUACGUGCGAAACAGGUCAAAAACAAAAUUACGAGAAAAAAAGCGACGAUUUGAUUUAUGAUGAUUCGAUUUAUUCAUAGACCUUUUUUUUACGUCAACAAACUUUAUAUUAAUGCGAUUAUUUCUAAAGGUAAUAGAAAAGUCUUUAAACACGCUUUAAAAUGUUAAACUGUUGUAUCAUGCUGUAUCUGUACACGAUAGGUUGUGACUGUUGUGUCAAUUCAAGUCAAUUAUGUCGUAACAAACGUAUGGCGUUAUGUAUUUGUUCAUUUAAUUUUGCAACAUAGUGUGCUUCAUUGCUUAUACAUUCAUAUGCAUUCAUAUACAUUCAAUGUUCAUGUACGUCAUGUGUAUAAUAGUCAUGUCGGAAAAUAUUAUUGAGUCACUCUCUAAAUAAUACAAACAUACAGAAUUUACAUCAUCUAAAAGUCUCAUUGUAUAGAAAAUUCUCCGUACACAAUCUAUAAAUUAUUAAUGAUAAAAAUAUUGCUGCAAUUAUGCGAUUUUAUGCACAUUUUCUCUUGAUUAGUUGCAUUUGUAAUCUGUACCUGACAAUAUAACAUAAUGCAAAUUAUUGUAUCAUACAGAUAAUUUCAGUAACGAAAUCUUGCAGAGGCCAGCCUAAUUACUCGAAAUCAUGAGAUUAUACAAAAAGAAUCAAGUGUGGUUAUGCAUCUCAGGUACAACUUUGAUGUGGUUUCUCAAUUUUCUCAUGUGCCAUAUAAAUGUAGUGUGUAAUAGUCUAGAGCAUAUACUGUAUAAAUAAUUUAACAUACAUAU